UGCGUGUGUGUGUCUGUGUGUGUGUGUGUGUGCAUGUGCAUGUGAGUGAGUGUCUGUGUGUGUGCAUGUGUGUGUCUGUGUGUGUGUGAGUGUUGGGAAACAGAGGUUACUGUAGUUCACGUGAACUGUUUAUAUGGACGACAGCCUCGGAAUGUUCAGCUGCUGUGAAACCACAGGAGGGAAAAAACACUCAAACUGUUCACUGUGACCUUUGACCUGCAGAGGCCUGCUUACACUGAAGGACAAGUGGACACUUUGUGGACAGUUGGACUCUUUCUAGACAGCUGGACGUGAUGUGGACAUGUUCCGGUUCAGGAUGACUUCCUGUCUGUUGUCCCUCCUCCUCAUCGUGUCUUUGGUGUCCUCCAUCAUGGCUGCUGCAGAGCCUGCUGGCUGCAAAAUCCGCAUCACUGACAAAGGACUGGAGAUGCUGAAGUUUGAAACUCAGAAGUUUGUUGAAGAGGAGAUCAGUAACAUCAGCAUGCCGGAGAUGAGGGGCAAAGAGGGACGGUUCCAGUACACCAUCACUGAUGUGAAGAUCACGGAGUUGAAUCUGAUUCAUGCUGAUCUACGAUUCAUCCCUGAAGUUGGUUUGAUGUUCGAUGUUCAGAACUCGUCCAUCACAUUGAGUUUCCACCGACGGAUCCUUUACUGGUUCUUCUACGACACAGGAAACAUCAACGCUUCGGCCGAAGGAGUGAACAUCAACACGGCUCUGAAUCUGAUCCGAGACGAUGAAGGACGACUGAAGAUCAACAACAUCACCUGCGACGCCAGAAUCUCCAAAAUGAAAGCAAAGUUCAGCGGAACGCUCGGGAAAGUUUAUGACUUCCUGGCAAGUUUUCUGACGACAGGCAUGCGCUUCAUCCUCAAUCAAAAGAUCUGUCCGGCUCUGGAUCACGCUGCCCUGGUUCACGUUAACUCGAUGUUGGAGACGAUCCCUGUGAAGACGGAGGUUGAUCGGUUUAUUGGAAUCGAUUAUUCUCUGAUCGAUGAUCCCUUGGUGACGUCCAGGAGCCUGGACAUGAACUUCAGGGGGAUGUUUUUCGAGCUGCGUGAUCCGAACGACACUUUGGUGAACAACGCUGUCGACCCGGUCAUCAGAGACUACGACCGGAUGGUUUACCUCGCUCUCUCUGAGUUCUUCUUCGACAGCGGAAUGUUCGCGUACCACAAAGCAGAAGUCUUCCAGAUGCACAUAAUCAAUGAGAAGAUGCCUAAAGAUCUGGAGAUGUUGUUGAGAACCACUUACUUUGGAGUCAUCAUGAUGAUGAACCCGGCUCUGAUGGAUGCUCCGAUGUCGCUUCAACUCGCCGUCAACUCUCCUCCAAAAACUUCCAUUAAGACGUCAGGAGCAACGGUCGUCAUGACGGCUAUUGUGAAGGUGAUGGUGCUGCCUCCAGGUCAGCCUCCGGUGCAGCUCAGCAGCCUGACCAUGGAAACAAAGUUUAACGCCAAAGUUUCUGUAAAAGGAAAACGUCUGGCUGUUCACGCCGACCUCCGCAGGUUUAAAAUCUUCUCUAAUCAAUCAGCUCUGGAGUCUCUGGCUUUGAUUCCUCUGCAGGCUCCUCUAAAGACCAUGUUACAGAUCUCUGUGGUUCCUUUAAUCAACAACUGGACGAAGCGAGGCGUUCGGAUUCCUCUGGCUGAUGGGAUGGAUUUCAUAGAGGAGGUGGUUGAAUAUCACAAUGGUUUCAUAGUGAUCGGAGCGAAUCUUCACUUCAGCAAAGGCCUGAGAGAAAUGAUCUCAGGAAGCAAUGAGACGGAACCAGACGUCUAACACACACACACACACACACACACACACACACACACACACACACACACACACACACACACACACACACACACACACACACACACACACACACACACACACACACACACACACACACACACACACACACACACACACACACACACAACUUUCAAUGUGGUUUGUGAUGUAACCAUGGCAACCAAUAACCACUGGAGCAGAUUUUUCUGAAUGACACAUGUUGACCAGCAGGUGGGUCAGGUUAGUGUAACCAGUGCAACUAGAUUUUAUACUGUAGUUGAUAUUUAGUUUUAUUGAGUGAACUGUUAAACCAGUUAACUAGUUUCCACUAGAAGUAAACGGGUUUGACUGACAGUCAAACUACUACUUUGAGUUAAACGUGUUACAUCAUCACACAACUUUGUUCUUUUAAGAAAACCUUUGUGAUCAUUACCUGUUAAUAUACUGUAACCAUGGCAACACAACACCUGUAUUAGAUGAUAACCUGGUGAGUUAAAUGGAGCAAAAGUUUUUUAUUUAAAUACUGAAACGUCUUCAAAGUGUACAAAUGAUCAAAUUGAUUAAAUGAUUAAAAUCCGACUGAGUGUUUCAACGCUCUCUUUCCAGCGUUAAUGUGAAAAAAUAUAAAUAAAGUUUAUUUAAUUAAA